AUGGCUAGCACUCCUCUGAUGCAGGAGGUGCACGAUAAAGAAGAAACCCACGCCAGGGGGGCCAGCCCCGUCCCUCGGAAGUUGUCCGAUGCUCGACCCAAUGGGGAAGAUGGGAGUCUGCUUACACAGGGUCCCAAAUGGGCACCACCGUCCCCAGUACAAUCCACAACUAGCAACAGGCGGAGGAAGAAAAGUAGUGUGGUGAGAGGGACACUGCCUGAAGAGCAGCCUCUAGCGGAGCCACCAACACAGUUUGAACCUUUUCCAACCGUUAGAGCGGACGAAAAAGGUGGCGCAGACGAGCAGGAGAAUGUGGAGGAGGAAGAGAAUGGAGAUGCAAGUGGCGACGGAUUCAUCGCGGAAUCCUUCGAGUCAAGUGCUGAGGUGGAUGAGGAAGAGGAGGAAGAGGAUGAUCUGUCGGAUAUUUUUAAACAGGCCGCUGAACGACCCUCCGACGACCAGCCCUGCGACGGAUGGGAAAAAGAGAAGGACGCAGGAAGGGAGCAGGAAGCGCCGGAGGAAGCGGAGGAAACAGAGGAGGAGGAGGAAGAACCGAGCAUCAGCUAUGAGAUUGAGCAGGCACGCAAAGCCGCUGCUGAGGCCAAUUUUGCCCAGUCCUUUCAAGAAAAUGAAUGGGAGAAGGAGGAGAGGGAGAAGGAAGAGAAAAAAAAAGUCACCAGCACGCCAUUGGUAGGAGGAGGGGGGGAGGCAGAAGAGGGUGGUGAAAAUGCUCGACAGGAGGACGAACCGCCACCAGCAGAGCAACGGCAGCAGAGGGCGGCAGCGGAGGCUAAUGAGCUCGGUGGCCCGAAAAUUGGAAAUGGACAUUCCCCCACGUUUGACCUCACUGAUCCGAAACUACCGAUCCCAAAUGCGCCCCACCGUCUUCACUUCUUCUAG